AUGUAUCGUCAGCCAAUUCGUUUUGUUCGCGCUGUGCGACCGGCGGCGAGAGCUUACGGUCCAACCUCGUCGCGCAUUUCGAGACGCGCGUUUGGGGAGCAUCAUUUCCCAGGAAACAGGGCAGAAUCUCUCGAACAUAGCCAGAUUUUUAAGAUCAGUCAGGCUAUUCAACAGGACCACGAUGAGCUACAAGACUUUUAUAAUCGAAUAAAAAAAUCCAAAGACCAUGACGAGCAAAGGAGGUUCCAAAAUGCCUUUAUUUGGGAGUUGGCUCGGUUAUCUGUGGCAGAGGAAAUCGUUGUAUAUCCAGCCUUAGAAGAGGCCAUGUCGGAUGGAAAGCAGAGGGCGGACAAGGUCCGCGCGGAUCACCAGAGGGUAAAAGAAAAGCUCUACGAAUUUCAGAAGCUCAAACCCGGCGAUAAGAAGUUCCUCCCUACACUAGAAGAUCUCUUUCAAGACCUAAAGCGCCAUAUCAAGGAAGCGGAAGAAGGCGAUCUCGUUAAGCUGGAAGACGCGCUGGGUCUAACACGAUCCAAGGAACUGUGUCAGAAAUUCGAGAAAACGAAGUGGUUUUCGCCGACGCGCAGUCAUCCCGGUGCUCCGAAUAAGCCGCCGUUCGAGACAGCUGUCGCGUUCAUGACAGCACCAAUUGAUAAAGUCCGAGAUUUAUUCACCAAGUUCCCGGAUUUUGAGGCGAUUAAACCGUAUGGUGGAAAGUCGCCAUAG